CUCGGAGGGCCCGCCCCGCCAGGCGCCUCUUCCGGGUGGGGCCCGGGGCGGAGGAGAUGGCGCCCUGGGCGCUCCUCAGUCCUGGGGUCCUGGUGCGGACCGGGCACACUGUGCUGACCUGGGGGAUCACGCUGGUGCUCUUCUUGCACGAUACCGCUUCCUCCUGUUUGGCUCUGGCCCCAGACUCACUCUCCUCCUCCGGCCUCUCCAGCGCUGCGGCAGUGGGAAGAGCAGGGAGAGCUGCUCCUGCCCCUCACCUUCCUGCUCCUCGUGCUGGGUUCCCUGCUGCUCUACCUGGCCGUGUCGCUCAUGGACCCAGGCUAUGUGAAUGUCCAGCCCCAGCCCCAGGAGGAGGCCAAGGAGGAGCAGACAGCCAUGGUUCCUCAAGCCAUCCCCCUUCGGCGCUGCAGAUACUGCCUGGUGCUGCAGCCCUUGCGGGCCCGGCACUGCCGGGAGUGCCGUCGCUGUGUGCGCCGCUACGACCACCACUGCCCCUGGAUGGAGAACUGCGUGGGAGAACGCAACCACCCGCUCUUCGUGGCCUACCUGGCGCUGCAGCUGGUGGUGCUUCUGUGGGGCCUGUACCUGGCAUGGUCUGGCCUCCAUUUCUUCCAGCCCUGGGGGCUAUGGCUGCGGUCCAGCGGGCUGUUGUUUGCCACCUUCCUGCUGCUCUCCGUCUUCUCUUUGGUGGCCAGCCUGCUCCUCGCCUCACACCUCUACCUGGUGGCCAGUAACACCACCACCUGGGAGUUCAUCUCCUCGCACCGCAUUGCCUACCUCCGCCAGCGCCCCAGCAACCCCUUCGACCGCGGCCUGACCCGCAACCUGGCCCACUUCUUCUGCGGAUGGCCCUCAGGGUCCUGGGAGGCCCUCUGGGCCGAGGGAGAGGAGGAGGAGGAGGGCGGCAGCCAGGCUGUUUAGGAGGGCGUGGGAGGGAAGGCCACCAACUUGUGCCUGAAAACCAAACGGGCUGCACCCAGCUGCGGUCAGCCCUCGGAAAGCCUGGGGUUCUUCACUCCUGCUCGCUCCUCCCAGGCCUCAGAGCAGAGCUGAACGACAGAACCCCUGCCUCAGUGGGCAGUUCUGCCUUCCAAAGGAAGAAGGGGAGGCAGGGGACCUGUGGGGGGCUCAGGCACAAGCAACCUGGGCUUGGAGGCCCCCCACACACCAGGAUGCCUCCAGUGCACAGUUUUAUAAGUUUAAUAAUCCAUAAAGCGAGUCAAGUAUUAAAAAAAAUACCAAACCAAA